CAGGCCAUAAACUCCAAAAAAAAAAAAAAAAUGUGACAUGACAUUUCACAUCUUAAUGACAUUGAGAAAGACUGUCAAAAUGGGAUAGCUGGAUUUUGUUGUACAUUAGAACUAUUAGAAACGAUAAUUAAACAAAUAAAAUAGCCAUUGUUUGUUUUAUAGCACUGAAAUAGAUCGAAUGCAAUCGCAACGGUGGCUAGUACUACUGGGUUACGGAUUAAAAUUACAUAAUUUGUGUGGAUAUACGAUUUUUCAAUAAGCUGAAACCAAUUUUUAAAGAAGCCUUAAACAUGAAGCCCGAAAAUAAAGAAGUAAAACCCGGCGAGGGAAUUCGUUCAAUGCAAUCAACUACAGCAUUUCGAGUUAUAAAUUUUGAACUUUAUGCAAAACCUAAUAUGGUUAUCAUGGCUGUAGGUGCAACAUGUUUUGGUCUGGCUCUUGGAUAUAUAGCGUACAUGAGAACAAAGUAUGAAUCAAUGGGUUAUUAUGCUGCUGUAGACAAAGAUGUGAAAAUACUGAUAAAAGGUGAUCGAAACGUUGGUAAGUCGUGCUUAUUGCAGCGCCUACAAGGUGGACCAUUCAUUGAAGACUACGUCCCAACCGAUCAAAUUCAAGUUGCUCCAAUUCAUUGGACUUAUAAAAACUCUGAUUACAUUGUUAAAGUAGAAGUUUGGGAAGUAGUGGAUAAAGGUCGAACGAAAAAGAAACCACCUCUAGGUCUUAAGCUUGAAAACCAGUCAGCUGCUGCAGCAUCUGAAGAUGGUUAUGAAACUCCAGUUCUUGAUGCCACAUUCUUAGAUGUUUACAAAAAUGCUAAUGGUGUGAUAUUGAUGCUUGAUAUUACUAAACCAUGGACUUUUGACUAUGUGGUAAAGGAAUUGUCACAAGUCCCUGCGGAUUUACCUGUUGUGGUACUUGGAAAUCACUGUGAUAUGCAGCAUCAUCGCCAAGUCCACCCUCAUCAUAUUGAACAAGCUCUUCAUCAUGCUAAACUUAUAAGAACAGCACCAGUACGUUAUGCUGAAUCUUCUAUGAGAAAUGGUUUUGGACUUCGAUUACUCCACAAGUUUCUAAGUGUUCCGUUUUUAAGACUCCAAAAAACAAGUUUAUUAGAACAGCUACAGAGAAACCAGAGAGAUGUAGAAGAGAUCGAAAAAGAGCUUGAUGACUUUCAGAAUUCAGAAGAAUCCCACUAUAAUUUGUUUGUAGAUCGUCUGGCAAACAAACGUCGACAAAGUGCCGCUCAGCCCGAACCACGUCCUGCUACUGAUCGCUCUCCAAGCAUUGUACUUGGUGCUGGUAAACCUAUUGUGCCACCUAAUGUUAACCCACUUUUGGCGCAGUCACUUGCUGGCAACGGGAUAAAAACGCCGAGUCAGGUUACACAAAGUCAUUACGUUAGUUCCGAGUUAACUAAAACUAAAAAUCAUGUUAGCAUGGAACUGACUCCACCUCGACAGCCUAAACAAGACAGUGGACAAAGUACACCAUCAGGCGUAAAUAUAUCAGCAUCGUCUGGAGGUCUAGACGAGUUUUAUGCAGGUACUUUGGAUAGUAGCUUUUUGGAGGACCUUCCUGCAAUAUCAGGACAUAACCAAGAUGUUAUCUAUGACACCGAAAGUGACGAUGAAAAUGUAACAAAUCCUAAGGUGACAAUUGAUCAGGAAGAUUUGGACUUCGAGGUUGCUUCCCCAGUGGAUGACCAUUCAGAGGUAAAAUCAUCCAGAGAGUUAACAAGAACAAAGCAAGAUGACGUUAAUAUUGACACUAUGAUGAGUCGUAUUUCAAUGGAGGAAGAGGUUGACGAUCAUAGUGUAGAUAUAGGAGCUGUUCCUACCUUCGAAAGUAGCCGCCACAUUAACGUACAAAUACCAUUGGAUAAUGAUUUCCCACUUUGGGCUGGUGAUACUAGCGCAAGAAGAUCUCCUGAAGGCGGUGAAGACCCAGAUGCUGCUAAAGAGCCAGUUGAAAAGGAGAAAAAACACAAAAAGAAGAAAUCAAAGGAUAAAGAUCGAGGUGAUUAUAGUGAAAAAUCUGAAAAAAAAGAGAAGAAGCAUAAACAUAAGAAAUGUAGAAAUGAUAAAAAGCUAACUAAUCCCCAACAAGAUUUAUUAGCGCCCACUCCUGCCACUUGGCGCGACUACGAUGAGUACGACAGCAUUUAACAUACACUUACUUUUUUAAAACUUCCACAUUCCAUGUGUCUGUCUUUGUGUCUAUUUAUCAUGAACUAUAUUCGUUGUUUUCUAAAUACA